AUGAGUUCGCACAAUAAUCGGGCGCGACCCCAGUCGCCAAGCGCAGAUGACGAUCCAGAUCUCGCAUUAGCCAUUGCACUCUCUUUACAGCAAGAGGAAUUUGACAACGACGACAGAACCAAGGCUGCGUCAUCUGCAACGAAGCUUCCGACAUCGUCAGCCACUAACACAGGCCCGUUAGGGCUGUUGGCCCUCGACCGCAAGAAAAUGGAAGAGGAACGUAUAGCAAGACUGAAGAAGCGUUCAGCUGCAGAGGCUGGUAUUGAUACCCAAUCCUCACAGAGCUUAAAGUUGCUACGCCCUGGAGUCUCUGAGAGCCAUAAGGUUACUGGUACCGCAAAGUCCAAGGCAGCGACACCAGCAAUAUCUGCAACACCAGCCGCAAAUCCUUUGGAAUUACCAUUUUCGAAAGGAGCGUUCAAGCGCACUUGGGCCUUCGGCUGCCCCAGAAAUGGGGAAGAUAUCAAGAUUGAGGAAGUCCUUCAGAAGGACAAACUACAGCUGGCCGUGCUCUCAUCCUUCCAAUGGGACGAGGAAUGGCUUCUCUCGAAGGUCAAUGUCCGAAACACCAAGCUGCUUCUAGUCGCCUACGCAAAUAACGAUGCCGAGAAAGCCAACAUCCGCUCAAACAUUCCGGCCGGUAGUCUCAUCAAAUUUUGCUUUCCGCCAAUGCAUGGCGGGUACAUGCAUUCCAAGUUGCAGAUCUUGAAGUAUGAAGGUUGCCUCCGUAUUGUAAUUCCUUCCGGCAACCUGGUUCCUUACGACUGGGGAGAGACGGGUCAGCUGGAAAACAUGAUCUUUCUGAUCGACCUGCCCCGGCUCAAUGGGCCACCUAUCGAGACAUCAUUCGGCACCGAGCUCCGACGCUUCCUAAGAGCGCUUGGCCUCGACGACAAAUUGGUGAAGAGCCUGGACAACUACGACUUCUCCGAGACAAGCCGUUAUGGUUUCGUCCAUUCCAUCUCUGGCAGCCAUACGAAGGAAGCUUGGCAACACACAGGCCAGUCUACCCCUUCUGCUCGGGACGCGAUGACUUCAUGCUACUGCGGCUUAGGGAGCAUUAUCCGAAGCUUGGGUUUGGCAACCGAGAAUGCCGUUGACAUUGACUAUGUGGCAUCUUCACUGGGAUCGCUAAACCAUGGGUUCUUAACGAUGAUAUACUAUGCCUGUCAAGGCGACUCAGGCAUGAAAGAAUACGAAGCCAGGCAGUCCAAAAUGACCAAGAGCAAGGCUGCAAAAACAGGCUUGGGUGGUUCCAGACCGGUCGACAUUGACAAGGAGCCGCUCCAAUUGCAGCAUCAUUUCCGCAUCUAUUUCCCUACCGAAAAGACCGUUUCUAGUAGCCGGGGCGGUAGAUCUUCUGCCGGCACCAUUUGCAUGCAAGAGAAAUGGUGGAAUUCUUCAACGUUUCCGCGAGAAUUGAUGCGAGAUUGCCAAAGCGCCAGAGGUGGCCUGUUACUACAUAGCAAAGCCAUAUUCGUCCGUGAGCGGGCGCACGACGGCGCAGUCUGGGCAUACGUGGGGAGUGCAAACUUGUCGGAGAGCGCAUGGGGCCGAUUAGUGAAGGACCGGGAGUCGGGAACGGCCAAGCUCACUUGUCGCAACUGGGAGUGCGGCGUGUUAGUCGCGGUCAAGGACAGCUCGGCAAGUACUGGGGACCAAGACGCACAGGCUCAGUCGCGUCCGCAGGCAAAGGCGCAGACUGUGACGCUGGAGGGGCAUGCCGAGAGCGAGGAGACAUUGAAGGGCAAGGAGGGAACGACGGCGGCAGCGGCAGAGAGCAUGGGGAAGCGGCGGCAUCAGCAGCUCGAUCAGGACGGAUCGGUGGGCCUCGAUGGAGUGUUUGGAGCGACGAUGCCUAUUCCAAUGAGGGUGCCGGCGAGGCGCUACACGUCAGAUGAAUCGGCAGCCAGCCGGCCAUGGUUUUUUAUGAAGGCCGACUGA